UGCUACUGCUUUUCACAUUCAUAACAAAAACAAAUGUUAGUGACAAAAUUUUUUUUUUUGUUUACUCCUUUGGAUAUAAGUAACCAAAUAAUAAGAAAGAAAAAUAGAUUUUGAUCGGGGAUAAUUUUCUAGUUGAAGAUAUUUAAAAUAAUGCAAACUAUAAAUUUAUACAUUAUGUAUUUUUUAAAUUGUAUAUAAUUUAGAUUGAACUUGUACAAAUAAUAUACUUUAAUAUUUUUAGAUAGACUAAAAUUUUAAUAUUUAAAAAUAAUUUUAAAAUUUAAAAUAUUUAAAUAUUUAAAAGUUAGAUGAUAAAGAAUUUAUUAAAAUUUUAUUUUCAGUUCUAUUUCAGCUAUAAAUGUUGAAAAUUUCAAUACUAAAAUUGUGAAUAGAAUUAGUCUUAUUUGAAGUGUUAGACGUAUUCAUUGUUUGAGAUUAUGAUAAAUAAUUUGAAGACAAAUAUAAAAUAUAUUCAUUAAUAUGUCAUUGUUUUUGACCUGUAUUAAAAUGUUAUAUAUCAUCAUUAAAAUUUAAAUAUGUUUAAUUUUUCCAAAUAUUUUACACUUUACAUAAUAACAUAUUCAUAUAAAUAUAGCUAAGUUAAAAAAUAUAUGAUAAUCUAUUAAUAAAUCAUUACGGGCAGAAUGUUUUUUAUUAGUAUGAUUAUAAUAAUAUUUUAAUAAUAAUUAACAAAUUAGUGAAGUAUUCAAAAGUUUAUAAUUUUUGUAUGAAAGAUAUUGAAUUGAAAUCUUCAAAAAAAAAAUACGAUAGUAUUUUAAUUAUAUAUUUUUAAAACAUUUUAAUAUUUUUAUAUUUUUUGCUCGUAUUAUAUUAACUGAAUAUUUUCAAUAUAUUGAUAUCAUUCAUAUAUAUAAAUCAAAUUAAAAUUUUGGUCCUUGUUUGUAAAAAGAAAAAAACAGUAAAAUAUAAUAGCUGUAUUAUUAAAUAUUUGAUAGGUAAAUUAUAAAACCAAAGAUAUAUCAUAUGAUACAUAUUUUUUUUAAAAUAGUAUUUAAUUCUUUAAUUAGUUCAAAAGUUCAUAUAUAGGUACCUGAACGAAACCGAAACGGGCGCAAGCUUGGUGGAUUUGUCGGACGAGCGUAGAUCGAUCUGUGGAAGAUAUAUCGAUGACAGGGAUAUCUUCAAGCUGAGAAACUUGGGAGAGUGGCCCAGUGCCGUGCGAAGGUUUUCGGAGGCCCGAGGCGAGUUCAAAAAUAUAUUUUACAUGAUAUAUUUUUAAUAACAUAUAUAUAUAUAUAUAUAUAUAACACUCAAAAGUUUUGAAGUAUUACAUAAACGUUUUUUAAAUUUUCUUUACCAAAAUUUUAUAAAAUAAAAUUUUAAAUCAUGAACAAAAAGUAUGAAUUUGUAAUAUAAAUACAAAGAUAUAAAUUUUUGAUUGAAAUGUUGGUAGCUGUCAAAAAUAUAAAUCUUAGCAUUUAAAUUAACUAUAAUAAACUAUAUAUUGAAAAUAUUAUAUUUUCUUUAUCAAAUUCUCAUAAAUAUAUAAAAUAAAUCUAACUCAUAGCAUAUAAAAAAAGAGCAAUGUGAUCAAAUAUUUACAGUUUUUUAGAAGUAGAAUCUUUAUAGUUUUAUUUAAAAUAUAGCAAAAAUGAUUAUAAACCUAGUUAUUUUAAACAGAAGUCCAAUUUAAAUUCAAAUAAAAAUAAAAAUCUAACUAAUAGAAUAUGUUAACUACCAUGUAAAAGUAUUUUUUUAAUAAUUUAGGGCCCUAAAAUUUCUACAAAAUUUGGGGGCCUUAGGCGAAUGCCUUUUUUAAAAGGCUCUAAGCACGGCUCUGGAGUGGCCGUGUAUUAGUUUCCAGCAAAGUAAGACGACGGAAACCGGCGGAUAUUAGUUUUCUUGCCAUGUAUUUCGGAUAUGAAAGAAGUUGUAAAGGGAAAGAGGAGAUAAAGGAAGGCUUGACUACUCAGUAAAUUAAUAAAAGUGGUAUAAAUAAACUCAUGAUAUUAGGUCCUACUCAGUAAAUUAAUAAAAGUGGUGACUAUUUUUUAUUUCAGUAUGUUAACAUAUAAUUUUGUGGAGUGUGGUUUAACAGUUUAAUAAGGGAAUUUUGAAAAGGGCAAAUGUUGUUUGUAACCAUAAAACAAUAUAGGAUAGAAAUCUAGUUUGUAUGGUUUAUUAAUUCGUAUAUUAAUAUACAUGUAAUUCAGAUCGAAAAAAACAGGUGUGUAACUUUUAUAUUAAUUUGCACAACCAUGUCGGCCUUUUCAUAGUCUUCACCAUCUAGUAAUUCUUUGGUCCGUGUCUAGUGGUGACAAGUGCCAUCUCGAUAAUUUUAGUGACAAAGAAAAAGGGAUUUAUAUACUUUGACUACAUUAAUCGAAGAAUAGGUGAUUAAUCGUGAAAUGAUUUCUAAUAUCGUAAAAGUGUGAUUAAAAUAUGUUGAAAUAUCAUGUACUUAUUAUAAGAUAAGUAAGCAAAUAUUUUUUUCUCAAAAAAAGAAAGAAAAAUAAUGUUUUUAUCAUACAAAAUAAUUUUUCUGUAUAUUCUAUCGUCUGUUAAAAAUUUAAAAUAAUUAUAUUAAGAUACAUAUUCAGAAAGAGUUCUAAAAUAACAUACCUGGCUUCAAUUAAUCGAAGAAUAGGUUAUCAAUUGUGAAAUGAUUUCCAAUAUCGUAAAAGUGAGAUCAAAAUAUAUAAAAAUAUCAUGUGAUAAUUAUAAGAUAAGUAAACAAAUAUUUUGAAACUCUACGAAUAAAACAUUGGUUGGGUGGUAUAACUCAUGGACCGAGGAAAAAGGUAUAGAGGAGACCUGCUAGUAGUAGGAAUGGUCAAACCGUUAUAUAUAUAAUCCUAACUAAUUGUUUUUUAAACAAAAACAUAUACAUGAAUCAAAAUUUUAAAAUGGAAGCAUGGUAACAAAAUAUAAAAUCAUUUAAAGAAUAUCAAAAGUAAAAAGAAAAAAUUAGAUCCUGCAAUUAAAAAAAUCAAGGGUAGAACAAAAGCAAUUUAGCUUACUUGGUCUCCCCACUAAAUAUCAAUCACCGUCCUUAAACCCAAAAAAAAAAAAAAAAGUCAUCCCGGAUUGUAUAAGAGCAUCUCCAAUGUAAAAUUUUAUCAUUUCUUUCAAAAUAAAAUAAAAGAUAAAAUGGAAUAAUAUUGCUCCAAUCCAACUCCAUAUUUCACUCCAUAAUAGAGUAAUGAACAAACAAAAAACAAAUUACUUCAUUUCACUAUAUUUUAGAAUAAAAAAUAGAGUGGAGUAAGAGAUGCUCUAAGAACAUCUCCAAAAGAAACUCUAUAGCUUCAAAUAUAUAACCUUUUGUUUUCAAAAAGAGAACUUCAAAUUUAAGCUCUAAAUGGUGACCAAGAAAAUUAGUGGAAAUAGUGAAUUCCUUAUCAUUCCUUACAAUUUACACUGUUUAGAAGGAAUAUUUGUUUUUAUGAUUCCUUUACAUUCCUUAACAAUUAUUCCUUAUCAAAUUAGGAGAGGAAUAGUUUUUUCUCUUAUUUUAUUUAUUUCAUUCAUUUCCUUCUUAUUCCCCAUAUUCCUUUAAUAGUUACUAGUUAGAGCCUUACAUUUUUGAGUAAUGAAACUUCAAAUUUGAAGUUAGUUUCACUACUCAAAACUCUAAAUUUGAAGUUUCAUCUUUUUAUUUGUACUAGUAUUCUACCUGUACUGCGUACAGGAAAAGAAAAUGAUUAAUUUCUUCUGUUAAAAUAGUAUGGUUUGUACCAAAGCAUGAUUAAAUAAGGAAUUUGAAACUAUUUCGGGACUGCAAAUAUUUCCCCAAAUUACAAUUUUAUUAGAGAAGACUGGGUGUAAAAUAUGAGCUAUAGAUUUCUUUUUGAAAAUAUUAUAUUUCUUAUACGAAAAUGUAUAUGGAUAGUUUUUUUACUUUUUCAUCAAUUUUAAAUAUGUUCAUUUUGACCAUUUGGUAAAUAAACCAAGAAAGAUAUAUCUACUUGCUAUUCAAGUAGCCUUUUAACAGAAAUCACAAAAGAAUGAUGAUACUAUAGGUGUUAUCAUCAUAACUUAUUUUAUGUUUGACAGAAGAAACAAACAAAUAUCAAUCUGGAGGUAACCAUGCAAAAUAAGAUAUUUUAAUGAUAGAUGUUAGUAAAAUUACACUACUUGUAUACCUGUAAUUCUAUUAGCAUUAGUCGAUCAUUAUUUGUUAGCCAUGGAAUACAAAUUUUUUAAGUAUGCAAAUGCUAGACAUAAAUAGAGUUUUUGAAGACCAACCUAGAUACGCAGAAAGCUUCAGUAUAUCUCUUAUCCCUCAAACUUCGAUUUAAUUAUGGGUUUAGAAAGGAAAAAUAAUUAUGAGUUUUCUGAGAAAAUCUUGCAUUUGAAUGAGGUCUGAUAGAUAAAGCCAUAGUGAAGUAGAGAAAAGAGUGAGAUUCAAAGAGAUUAAGAGAGAAAAAAAAUAUGAAUCCGUAAUUUAUCUUGGAGAAGAAGCGUUGCAUGUGUGAUAAUUAAUCAGAUGAGAAUAUAUAUGAUAGAAUAAAGGUAACUGUUGGAUCGUGAAGCUGUAGAAAGGAGAUCGUGGCCGACAUGGAGGGAUAUUUUUUGGUCCUGGAAUUGACACAAGUAAUGUCCAACGUUUGUCCUUUUGCAUUUUUUAAUUUUUUUGUUUUAUUAUUUUAGUUUUAUAUUUCUUUGAUUAUGUGGCAAAAUUUAAUUGGUUGAGUGACUUGUGAUUUAGUAUAUAAAGGAUUUUGGUCCUUAUAAUUAAUUAUACAUCACAUUUAUAAUUCUUAAGUAUUUUCUCAUUCAUAGUUUUAAUCUUUAAAAUUUUUGUAUAUUUUAAAUAUUUCAAAUUUAUUUUAAUAAAUUUAAAUUUUACACAUAAUUUUUAUAAAAAAAUUAAAAUAAUAUUUAUAAUAUUUUAAAAGUAGAAUUGGACAACAAGAAUAUUACAAAAGAAACUUAAUAAAUUUUAUUAGGAAGAUACAUGAAGACAUAAUUAUUACGCAAAUUUAAAUAUUACAGCAACACUAAUUUUGUAUAACCGAAAAUGGAGCAUUAAGAAAAUAAUAUGGUAUUUUGCUUGUAGUUUAAUAUUUAAUUAUAUAUUUUUAGUUUUAAUUUUAUAUUUUAGUGUAAGAUUUUGUUAAUUAAUAUUACUAUAAUAUUUUUAUAUAUGUGCUAGUUAUCUAUAAAAGUUUUAUAGAUUUAUAUUAAUAAUGACAAAUAUAAGGAGCAUAGUGUAAAUUACAAAUAUUUUUGAAGUUAAAUUUAAAAUUUUAAUUUUGGAGAAAAACACAUUGAAACUUCAAAUAUAGAGUUUGCGAAACUCUAUAAUGGAGAGUUUUUUUAAUGAUACUAUAAGAACCCAUUAUCGACACGGAGGUGUCACCCUUUCUUGAAGGCAUGUGAAGCAUAUGGUUUAUGCCACAAAUUUAAUUUAAUUUUAAAGAACCAGACAUCUUCGAUUAAUGUAGUCCAAGUAUAUAAAUCCCUUUUUCUUUGUGUCACUAAAAUUAUGAGACGGCACUUGUCGACACCAGACACUGACCAAAGAAUUACUAGAUGGUGAAGACUACGAAAAAGACCACAGGACAGGAAGAUAUGGUUGUGCAAAUUAAUGUAACAGUUACACACGUGUUUUUUUUUUUGUUUUUUUUUCUCUGGUCUAAGAGUUUGGCUAUUUUGUCCUUAUUUGUUUAAUAACAUACUCGGCGUCUUAUUGGUCGAAAUAAAUUAUUAGCGAUACAGUUAUACUUAUAAACAGUUUCUAAUAUGAUACUAUCGAAUAAGGUGACAGAAAUGCAAAUACAUAAGCUAAGCUACUCCGUAGAAUAUAAUUUGGUUACCCUUGUUUAUUGUUUUAUCCAUAUUCCCUUUAAAUAUUUUGUUGUUAUUUUUAGUUUGAAAAACGAUCUCCGAUAGUUAUUUUGUACGUAUUAUCUUUCUUAAAUAGAAUGCUGAUGAUAUUUAAAGAAUGUGGAAAUUUCUGACAUUCAACAUAUAACACUCUCUAAUAAAUUCGAUUUUUGAAUUUUGAAAAUUAUAAUUUAAAAUAAUAUCCUGUAUCAAAAAGAGUUUGAAUCAAAGCACAAAAGACCAAUUCUCUUAUACUAUUAUUAGACUUUCACACAUUUUGUUAGUAUCCAAUGAUGGAGUUUAUUAGUUCUUUACUUACCACAGAACUAGCUAUUUGCAAAAUAAUUUGAAGAGGUAAAUAAAAGGUGAAAAGUUGUGAAAAUAACUAUUUUCUCUUACAAGGGCAGAUUAUCUUUUUUUUUUUUUUUUUAAAUCUCUUUCAGAAUUCAAAGUGAGUAACUAGUACUAGUAUCCACCCCUCGAGCAAUAAAUCAUUCAUGACGUCACUGCUAUGACGCUGGAAUAACGCCUUGUCAAUAAAUAGUUAAUUCCCCAAUCAUGAGUUUAUUUAUACACAUACACGAUGCACAUACUCAAAGUCAAGCCUUCCUUUAUCUCCUCUUUCCCUUUACCACUUCUUUCAUAUCCGAAAUACAUGGCAAGAAAACUAAUAUCCGCCGGUUUCCGUCGUCUUACUUUGCUGGAAACUAAUACACGGCCACUCUCCCAAAUUUCUCAGCUUGAAGAUAUCCCUGUCAUCGAUAUAUCUUCCACAGAUCGAUCUACGCUCGUCCGACAAAUCCACCAAGCUUGCGCCCGUUUCGGUUUCGUUCAGAUUAUAAAUCAUGGUUUUAGCAAAGCAACUAUAGAUGAGAUGGUGAGUGUUGUUACGCAUGAAUUCUUUGGCAUGCCUAUGAACGAAAAAAGGAAGCUAUAUUCGGGCGAUCCAAAGAAGACACCGAGAUUAUCGACGAGCUUUAACGUGAAGGAAGAAGAGGUUAACAAUUGGAGAGACUAUCGAAGACUCAAUUGUUAUCCUAUCGACAAGUAUGUCCAUAAGUGGCCUUCAAACCCAUUCAUCGAUAUAUCUUCCACAUAUCGACCUCAGCUCAUCCAGCAAACACACUCAUAUUAUACACGUUUUGAUAAGGCAAGUAUAACAAUGGAAGCUCUUCCUAAUGAUCUCGAAGAGAGGAUUCUUCUCAACCUUCCCCCAACGGAACUGGGCACGUACAGUCGGGUCUCAAUGAGGUGCAGGAAUGUGAUCCAGAGCAAAGAAUUUAUCAAGGAGUACAUUGGCCGGUCGACCACAGAGCCUCGGUUGUUGUUGGUAGAAACCACAAUGAAACCUGAAGUACUGUUUCACUCUAUGUAUCAACAGGCGAACCCAUUGUUGUCCGGUAAAGAAAAGGUGCGGAUUCCUCAUAGCCCAGGACCACAGCUUCAUAUUGAUCAUCCGGUCCGAGGUUUAGUCUGUCUUUCAUAUGAAACAAAGGUUGUGAUUACCAAUCCGGGUGCAAAAGAGAUUGUGUGUUUACCGGAAAACGAAGCUGGUAAACAAGGGGAAACAAAAUGCUUUCUAGGAUACGAUGAGGAUACAGAUGUGUACAAGGUAUUGUGUGUGCCAGUGCCUGUGUUAAGUACACGAGAAGAAGCUAGAGAAUAUCAAGUUCUGACUGUUGGAUCAGGUGGAGAAUCUUGGAGAGGAAUCGAAUGUAAGCAUCAUCAUUCUCUAGUUACAAACGGAAUAUGUAAAGGAGGGGUUGUGUACUUUGUAGCUCUUUCCGAAUGUCGCCAAAUAGUUCGGGUGAUGAGCUUCAAUGUGAACUCUGAAAUUUUUACCGUCACUGAACUACCUAAGGGAGCCGAGAUUCAUGAAUCGUUUAGCUUUGUGAAUUACAAUGGGACAAUGGCCCUAGUGGAUGAAUUAUCUGGAACUCGGGUUGAACCGAAUGGAACUGGGGUUCUUGAAAUGUGGAUUAUGAAUGAACUUGAAAGAACAUGGGAGACAUGUGGCAUUGAGCUUCCUUGUUGGGAAGAAACUGUUGGAAGUACAAAGUAUUUUUUCAAAGGUACCAUUGGAACAGGAGAACUUGUUUUCGCACCAAUACAUUGGUUUCAUGGACAUUUCUCGGUCUUGUAUUACGAUCCAGUCACACACAAGUACAGAGUUUUUCCGAUUGAUGGAGUGGGUACAGAUUAUAUGUAUAAGGUUCGAACCUUCUUGGAUCAUGUAGAUAGUCCUUUGCUUAUAUAAGGGAGCUAUAGAGUUGGUCAGAAGCUGCUGGUUAGAGUCUCUCAACUAAUAUGAUUGGUCUUGAUGCCUUGAUAAGUUUACUAUUUUUAAUAAUUGAUUGCUUAUUUUUAUUUGUUUAUUCUCAGCUCCAAUUGCAACUAUAAAUUACAAAUAUUAAUGAUAAUCGAAAAUAUGAAGCGUAUAAUCAAAAUUCAAACACCAUACAACAUAUAAAAGCAGAUGUGCAUUGUACUAAGCUCCAAUUCCUAGUCUAAAUACAAAAAACCGCAGUAAUAUUAUUCUGGUUGGGUUUAUAAUAUACAAGCAGAGAGCAAGCAUUUGGUUCAACAAAUGAAUUUUAAACAAUUUUUAAGAGAUGGUAUAGGCGGACACUCCCAGCGUAAGCACUAAUCACUAUUAUAUAAAAGGGACUAUUUUUGAGGUCUCUGAGAUAGGACACAUCAGUUAAAAUAUUUCUAACCUAUUAAAUUGACAGCUCAGCAUCACAUAUAUCUGUUACUCUUCUUUUCUUUUACGACAUGUAAAAUAAAUCGGACGUAGCCUUUGUAAAAUGUUUUAGGUUUCGUUUUGCAGUGGCCCACCACCAAGCCCAUAACCACCUUCUUCGAGCAGUUCACCCUCCCAACAAUCGAUCUCCAAGGAGGCAGCACAGACUCAAUCUCGCGGCAGAACUUGGUGGAGAAGAUCGGAGACGCGGCUGAGAGAUAGGGCUUCUUUCAGGUGAUCAAUCACGGUAUUCCACUCAAUGUGUUGGAGAGGAUGAGAGAAGGGGUUCGUGAGUUUCACGAGCAAGACCCGGAAGUGAGGAAAGGCUUCUACUCUCGAGAUACCAGUAGCAAGAUGGUUUACAUGAGCAACUUCGAGAGAUACGCUAGGUUGUUUCACGGCUCCAGAUCCUCCUAGACCAUAGGACUUGCCAGCCAUUUGUGGGUAUGAUUUUCGAAAUCUGUUUAAAAACUUUUUGUUAUAAUCAAAUACUAGCUCAGUUGAUGAAACCAGCCCCGAGAGAGGUUUGGACCCCCUUGGAAGUUUCAACUUCAGAGGAAUCAACCCUCUUGAGCAGCUCGGUUUGUACAUGAAACAAGAUGAGGAUGAAGAAGAACCCGAGGCUCCUCCUAAUGUUCCAAGGCUAGCUGCUGACGUGGAAGAAGGUGAAAUCGAUUGAGAAGAGAAAGAAGUACAUAGUGAGAUAAUAUAAAUACAUGGUAUAGAAACAAUUAGCCAAGGCUUGUACACGUACGUACACACAGACGCAAGAAAUGAAGGUGUAAGCGUUUAGAGAAAACUUCCAGUCUUAUGCUCAGGAUCUUUCUCAAGCCCGUGUGGUGUGUGAAGUAUAUAGAACACGAAGCAAACGCUUAAACCUCCAUGAGGAGAGGGGUUCUUACUGUAUGGUAAGAAGAAGAAGAGAGAAAAAAAACAGGCAAGACCUAUCAGUCUUAUGUUUUUCUUUAAUUUAUAUAUUUUUCAUAUUAUACAUUUUUAAAUUUAUUUAUACUACAGAAAAGAAAUAUGUUUAAGAUAAUGAACAAGUCUCUCCAGUAAUGAUGAUUCACCGUCUUAUCAGUCAAACUUAAGACAUGAACAAGUCUCUUGAAACACUUCCGAAGAAGAAGACUACUCUUAAAGGUAGCAGCUUCCACUGAAUAGUUGUUCUGAAAAACCAUAAUUUUUCUGUUAUAUACACAAAACUUCUCGAUAUGUGUGAAGAGACUGUUUAUCCAGUUCGCUUACUUUCUUCUCGAACAGGUUGAUCGAUAUUCAGUGGGCAGGGAUCAUCCACAUACAUACACAUCAGUUUAUGUGAUUGUUUUGGUGCUGUUUGUAGGUUAUGGUUCUUUUAAGUGGUUUCGCCGGACUAUACACAAAGGUUAGAUUAUUAGGAACUUUCACUCUAAACACUCAAAUCCAGCCUUGAUUUUCUUCCUUUUUGUUAAGCACUGAUUUAAUUUGUUUUUUAAAACAGUAGAAUAUGAUCAGUCUGUUAAAUGACUUGAAUUCCUUUAUAUUAAGGGGAUUGCUUUCCAUUUUGGCAGGCUAUUAUGAAAAGAAGCUGUGUAGGAAUAUAAAUGCACAAAACUCCUGGUUGUACGUCUCUGGAAUGGCUUUCAAUGUUGUUGCUAUAGUGAUCCAAGAUUUUGAUGCCGUGGCAAGUAAGUAAAUCUAAAACUCAUCUUUUAUUUGUGUCCAUAUUCAGUAACCAUUUCCCUCACUCCUCAUGUACGAUGUAAGAAAAUACCACUUAUUAAUAGUGGUGGUAUCAAAAAGCUCAUUGUCAUAAGCUCAUUAACAUCGAUGACGUGAUGUCUCAUCAACUCUGGUAUUAAAGUUCUCGAUUUUUCAUUUUCAGGGGAUCCUUCCAUGGUACUCAUUCAUCACAAUAAUCAUGAAUCUUGAUCAUGCUCUCAGCUAAGCCAUAUCCUUCUCUUAACUCUUUAUCUCAGUUUUGGUAUAUAUAUAUAUAUAUAUAUAUAUAUAUAUAUAUAUAUAUAUAUAUCACAUUAAAACAUUAUUUCCAUGUUUGUUUGUUUCGUAGUGGUAUUGUGUCGAUGGUGCUGAAAAUUUCAGACAAUAUUGUAAAAAGUUAAUAAACUGGCAAGUAUAUUCAAUUCACCAACCGAUUCCUCUAAUUAGUACACGGGGUUGUCUUUCUAUUCUCAACGCGGUUGUCUUUGUAUUUCUAUUAGUUUUCAUUUUCCCCUCCCUAUCCUUUGUCGGAGGCUCAGUGUAAGUUCAACAACAUUUGCCUUUGCCAAUACAAUCCAUCUCAGCUUUUUACAUAAUAGUUGAUGUUUACUGCGUAUGUACUUUACAUAAGAUUCAAAUGGUCAAUUGGUAUCUUUUAAGAUGAAUAUAUAUAUAUAUCAGAAGCAUUUGUUUCAGUCAUCAUGAAUAAUUGAACUAACUUUACAUACCUAUUUAUAAUAUUUGUUUGUUUCUUUUAGUAAACAAAAUAAAGAUAUUUGGAGCGUCUCUCUCUUGAAUCUCAGUUAAGUUAAGAGAGCCUAUGGAGUUAUGGAUUCCACUUAGUUAACAACUAAUUAGCAGUCUUACAGUUUUGGGGAUGUAGUCAAAGGUUAUUAUUUAGACCAAUCGGUCAUAGUACAUAUAUCAAAGCUUUUUCUUCUAAAUAACAACUAAUACACCUAUUAUGCAGUUUUUGUUCGGACCCUUUCUAACAAACAAUUUUUCGUUUAUAUACCAAAAUUUCAAAUAUUUCUUCUCAAGUUAGUUUGGUAUAAGUAUCCGACAUAGAAGCUUCAGCUUCACCAACCAUGUAUUCAGCAAACAAAAAAAGUUGAUUUCAAAGAAAUGUAGUUAAAUAAUGGAAAUAUUCAGCUAGGCUAUAACGCUCAUGCCGAUAGACAGACUUCCAUUUUUCCAUUUGCUCAAGAAAAUAUCCAAUCAUUUUUUUUAUUUUUUGAUACAAAAGAUGUCCAAUCAUAAACAUAAGAAACCACCAGUUUGUAUGACUCUCCACAUGUUCGGCUAUAUCUUCUUAUUAGUGUACAACAUUCACUUGAGACUAAGAAUAAAACACAGUAAUUAGAGAAUUAUGCUGAAGUUCGUACACACUCACUUAUGUUUUGUAAAUUUUCUUUUACUGCAAGCAGUAGCGGUCCUGAAUUUCUAAAGACCAGAAGCUUUUUUUAAAAAAAAGGCCGUUUAGGACAUAUCCAUGGUUCGAACUCAGGGUGCAUGGAUUCCUACUUCACUAAUAACGCCACUGGGCUAAUGAAGUAUUUAUGAAAAAUUGGCCAAAAUUUUUAUAUAUAUUUGAGGGCCGGAAGCCCAUGCUUCUGCAGCUUCUUAUCAGGGCCGGGCCUGACUGCAAGUAUAAACUACAACUGAAGAUUAUAUCAGUUCUUUUGCCAAACUUAUGGUUAGUUCCCUUCCUACACAACCAUUAUCAAUCAUUUCAUAUGUUUAUGUUAAAUUUUAAAAGAAAAUUAUAAAACCAUAUAAUCCGCGUGUAGCGCGGACACAAACCUAGUCCUUUAUAAAUGGCCUAAUUACCACCUAAUGAUUUUUUAACUUUAGUUUUCAUAAAAGCAAGCAAUAAACUAUAACCUCAAACUUUAAGAAGCUGCAUUUUUUUAGAGAAAGCAAUGCCAAUCCAAUCAGGCAAUGAACAAGACCAGUACAACUAGUUUAUUUCCGAGCCAGCAGAGUAAACCGACAUAGGAUCAAUCCCAUCCGAGUAAAUAUGCUUACAACUCUGUAGAGCCCAAGCUAGACCAUUAACACUACCCUGGUGCCGUUCCAGCUCCGCAACAGGCAUCUUCGGCGACCGAAUAUCAAGAAUCACAACCUUAUUCGAAUCCAUCAGAUUCGUCGCCAUGUACCUCAAGUCUUGCUUGUUCCACGCGAUUCUUAACAGAGGCGUAUCUGCCUGUGGGCUCUCGUAGAUAAUAGUGUAGUGUUCCUUGUCGUGCAAGUCAAAAGAUCCUGACGGACCCAUCGGCGGAGGCAGACGCAAAGACUCUAGCUUCUCCCCACGCGCUGUCAUGAACCUUAUUAUCGUGCGCUAGUUUUCGAGGACGCUUCCGAUGGCGAUGCGGUGGUUUGAGGGGGCUCCGGAGUGGAGUGAAGUGAAGGCAAUGGCGUAGAGUGGGUAAGGAGCCGGAACUGAGUUAUACAGGAUUUGAUUCGGUGUACACAACCACAUCUCUCGUUCUUCGGACGGAAAGUUAAAUGGUUAGUGUCAGUACGACCAAGGGUGACGGGGUGCGUAUCCGGGCUAAACCCUCUGUCUUAAUCAGUAACUAGAUUUUGAUCUGUGCAACUGCACGAAUAUUUAUUUUAAUAUAUACAUAUAUCAUUAGCAGUAUAUAUUUUUAACAUUAAUUGUAUAUUUAAAAUUUUAUAUGACCCUUUCAAACAUAACAAUUUUAUAUUUUAUAUGUUAUUUAUUUAAUUGUUUCAAACUGUUACAUUUAUUUUUAAUUUUUAUUUUAUUAGAUUUGCAUUUGAUUAUUAGACGAAUUGAUAUAUGAAUGACAGAACAUAUCUGAAGAUUAUUUUGUAUUUAAAUUAUAUAUUAUUUUCAUUAUAUAUUUGCAUAUGUAUAUUUUAUAUUUUAAUUGAAAUAUGAAAUAAAUAUUCAAUUAUUUAGUAUUUUAUUUAUAUUUACGAAAUUUUUGAAUAUAAAUAAUUAUUUAGGAUUUUUAAAAAUAAUUAAUUAGUAACUGAUUUUAUUUGAUAUUUAGUAAUAUAUUAAUAGUAGACAAUUUUGGAGACGUUUUUUUUAAAAUACAAUUCAUGCUAUUUUAUUAAAAUAUUAAUAAGAUCUUGUGUGAUUAGGUUCAUUAUUCAUAUUCCAUUAUAAUGAGUAUUAAAUUUUGAUCUACACUUUCAAAAAGCCUGAUUAUUUUUAAUUUUUAAUUUUUUUUAUUAAACUUGUUUUUAAUUGUUUAUAGUCUUAUUUCUAAUAAUUUAUAACUCAAAUGAGAUCAUUCAUUUUAACUUGUCUUGUAUAGAUCAAUGGUUGUUUUAAUAUGAAUAUGAAUGAGUUAAGAUGUUUAUUUACCAUCUCUAUUUAUUUGAAUGUAUUAACCGUAAUAAUUGUAAUCUAUUUUCAUAUUCUGAAAUCUGUUUGUUUUUCAAAAUAUUUUAGAUUCUAUUGUCCCAUUUUUAGAUAUAUAGUAAAUAAAUAAUAACAAUAGUGAGGUAUAUUUUAAACAUUGUCAGAUCUCAAACAAAUAUAGAUUUCAUGAAUAUAGAUUUUUUUUUUAUAUUUGAGUAUUAUAUAAAUUUGAUUUUGGUUAUUAUAUAUGAGUCGAUAUAGAAAAAUAUAUUAUGAAAUUAUAAGUAAGAUAUAACAUAAUAUAUGAAAGGCAUAACAUUUCAUGUGUUGGUAAAUAUAUGCGUUUGAAAAUUAAUGCUAUAAAUCAAGCUUUAGAUUCUUGUAAUUAAAGAAUAGAAUAAAAAGAAACCAAGCUUUAGUUUUCAUUAGAAAAUUGAACAAAAAAAGAAGUGAAAGUUGGUACCUUGUUUUACCAAAAAAAAUUGGUACCUUUUUAACGAAGAGGAAAGAAUAGAACAUCAUCUUAUAUAAUAUGUUUUAUGAUUCACAUAAUGUUAGGUUAAAACUAUAGGGUACAAUGAACUCUAAUAUAAAAGUAUCAUAUAUUUUGGUCUACUUUUGAGUACGAAUUUCAAUGAUAUUAUCUAUUGAAUUUGCCUAUGAUAUUUAUUUAUAUGAUUUAAAUUAAUUGACUAAAUAAUGUGUUGAGAAAAAAUAUAUAUUUAAUAAAAGCUAAUUUGAAGAUAUGUAGAAAUAAUAGAAAGGUUAGUUAAAAUGAUAUAUAUAGAAAAUAAUAGAAAGGUAUUCUCUUUACCAAAUUUUACACUUUUCUUAUUUUUUAUUUUUAAUUAUUUUAUUAAAUAGAUGCUCUUAUAGUGAUUAACUGACUACCAUUGAAAGUUUUCUGAGAAAUCAACUUAUUGGUUAUGAAUGCCUAUCAAACUGUAAGUUUCAAAUCCUGUGAGUGGGAUUUUAUAAGUUUUAUGUUAAAACAUUUUAGAUUAUUAGUAUCGACUUUGCAUGUCCACGAGCACUAUAUUUAUAAUAAAUAUAAUAGACUUAUAGACGUAUAAAUAGAUUAAUAUGAUAUAUGUGAAGUUGGGGUGAAUAUUGUAUAGUAUUUGUGUCAUUUUUCAACAAAUAUGAUAAGAGAUCGUAUAACAUUAUUUAUUUAUUUAUUUAGUUCAAAAACAUUUAUUUAUUUUUAUGUCAGUUGCAUGACAUUUUGAGAGCGAUAAUAUGUGUGAUUUUUUAACACCACAUACAGUAUUAUAAAAACAAGCCCAUAGCCGAAACUAGUUGGAUGGGUAGAGUCGUUCGGAUACAAAGCUGUUUUCGCCAAAGAAUCAACUAUAAAGUUCAGAGUAUGCGAAAUGAAAACAAAGAAAGAUGCAGCGAAAAAGGAAGAUAAAAUCUGGAUGUCCCUAGUGGUUUCGUAGAAAUCUGUUGGAUAAAAUUGCGAGGAGUUUGACGCAAUAAGCGCAUGACAAUCUGAUUUGAUAGAGAUUUCUUAGAUACCAAUUUCUCGACCAUGUGUGAGAGCCGCUCGUAUAGCUAAACCAUAUAAGAUUUUUGUACCCUCUUAGGUUGAAGAAGAGCCAUCCACCGCUUGCGUUCCGAUUGGUCGAGUUUCAAACAGCAUCUGUAAGAGCUAUUAUCGUUGUUAUCGUGGUAAGUGAUUGUGUCUCUUCCGCGUUUUGUCGAACCCGUAGGUGAGUCAGCUUUUGAGGAGCUUGUGUUUGUAACCACUCCCGAGCAAACCAGAUGGCCUUGUCUAUGAUUUCUACUGGGAAAGAUGCCUUGCCUUCGAAGAUGUUGGAAAAUUGUCAAAAAUAUAUUUAUAAUACCAUUUUUAUGUUUACACAAUUCACUUUUACCUUCACUUUUAGUGAAAGAUAAAAGACAUCUAUAAUUCUACGGUUAACUAAUCUAGACUUAGAGUUUAAAGUUGAGGGAUGUAAUCGAGUUUUUGAAAUUUAAAAUUUAAGUUCUAAUAAAUAUAUAAAUAAAUAAAAUAUAAUUUUGAAACAAUGUAAUUUUUUUUAAAAAUAGUUUCAAAAAUAAAUUUGGAUUUUCAAAAUGAAAUUUUGAAAAGAAAAAAAGUUUGAAAAACAAAUUCAAAUUUUUUCUAUAAAAAAAUCGAAUUUGAAAAAGUAUAAUUCAAAAACAUAAAAAUAAUUCUUUUUUUAAUAAUUAUUUAUUUUAUAUAUAUAUAUAUAUAGAAUAGGGAUAUAAAAAUCUUUUGUCACUUACUAAAAAAUGUGUUUUUGAAAAUAUCUAUUUAAUAGUGGUAAACAUGAAUUAUGAAUAAAUGAUACCAAAAAAGUGUUAAACAUAAAAACAAUUUUGAAGAUGUUUUUGUUUCUUGCUGUCAAUAAUCCCUAACAAAUCCUAGGAAACAUCGAUAAUAUGUGUCUUAAAC